AUGGCCGAUUGCAACCCAGGCACUGCACGCGAGUACGUGGAAUCCUACGUCAAAGACCAAGAUCUCGACAGUUUUCUUUCUGAGGCACAACCACAAUACGAUCCCUCCAAAAAGGCACCUGCCAAUGCGUCGCCACAGCAACGAUCGGAAGAAUCCACUGAGAGUGAGAACAAGUCAUCGUUACCUUUGGGAUACAAUCGGCAUCAACCCACUAUGAAUCCAAUGGCAACCGGUGAAGAGCAACAAGAAAAGAAGCAGCAGAAGAAGGAGGAAGAAGAGAUACCCCAAAGGCCCAAGAUUAUGUGGGUUGUGCGAGACUUUAUGGAUCAAAAGCGAGAGAUACAUGAAAAGGCCAUCGACAACUGUGCCGAUUUACAUGUGGAUUUAUUGACCUGCUUCAAAGAUGGUAGCUGGUGGGACAAGGCCAAGAUGUGUGAGCAUCAAAAGCAAAAGUUUUGGAAGUGCUAUCAGAGCCAAAAGGACUUUUUGAAGAAAGCAAACUACAAAGGACCUGUCAGCACACCCGAACAUGACAAGGAAAUUGAGCGAGAGGCUAUACUUCUUUCUAAUCAACAUCGGGAGACAACAAACAACAAGCAAAAUGAUGAUGAUUCCGCAUAA